CUCCAGGCGAUCUCUUUUCUCCUAAUCAAUGCGGAAAGUUUCUAUUAGACGAAGCUGACUUCCUAGCGAGGGAGCUUUUGCGUCAAUCAGGGGUUGAGCUCAAUAUUUCUUCAGCUCGUAAUCAUGUCUUCGAUUGAUUGGUUCACCGGCGAAAACCAAAAACCAGUGGCAAUAAUCGACAACGGUUUACAUUUGCGUCAGUGAUCAAAGCUUAAUUCUUCAAAAUUAAAAGCUUCCUGUGAUGUCAAGGCUACAAAAGGAUUCCACUAUUGCUGGUGUAGCCUCUACAUCACAAGAGGACCAGGGAAACAGGACACUAAAAGUCACUUUGCUUAGUAGUGAGUGGAGAUCAUCAACUGAUGGGGACUUGUCAACUAUCAACCGAGAGCUGGCCAUCCAGUUAGCUAAACUCCCCAAUGUGGAUGUUAGUGUCUUGCUUCCAAAUUGCAGUGGAGAGGACAGGAUUAGUGCAAAAAGUCACAAUGUGAAGCUUAUUGAAGCAGAUGAAGUUCCUGGUGUUGAACCAGUUCUUUGGCUGUCAUCUCCUCCAAUAAACCAUACAAUGGACUGUGUCAUUGGUCAUGGAGUUCAGCUAGGCCGACCAAUAGCAUUCAUCAAGAGAAAUCCAAAUUACAGUCAUUGCAAAUGGAUUCAAGUAGUUCACUCUGCUCCUGAAGAAGAUGGAAUGUACAAAAGCAUUUCAGAAGGUGAAAAAUUGCAAAAAGCAGAAAUUCAACUCUGUAAAAUGGCUGACCAAGUUAUCACAAUUGGACCCAAGCUGGCAGAAGCUUACAAGCGUCACCUUCAUCAAGUUAAACAAGAGGAAAAUGUUUUUGACCUUACUCCAAGUGUUUUCUCUGAGUUUUUGGAAGUAGAGCAAGCCACUGAAGAAAGAAGAACAUUCUGUAUUCUUGUUAUUGGAAGUGGUGAUAGCUGUGAAGAUUUCAAUGUCAAAGGGUACGACAUAGCUGCCAAAGCAAUUGCUGAGUUAAAAGAUGAAUCCUACAAACUCAAGUUUGUCUGCGCAGCUGGAGGAAAAGGAGAUAUUGUAGCAGAAAAGUUGCUCCACCAUGGCAUCAGUCGUAAUCAGCUUAUUGUUCGCAGCUUUGAUGAUAGCAGAGAAGUGCUAGCUAACUUAUUCUGUGAAGUGGAUCUUGCAAUAAUGCCAUCCAGGACUGAAGGUUUUGGAAUUACAGCUCUCGAAGCAUUGUCUGCUGGUCUGCCUGUGCUUGUCAGUGGUAAUUCUGGACUUGGAGAAGCUCUGAAGGAAGUGCCUUUAGGCUCACAGAGUGUGUUAGAUUUGGAAGAUCCUAAAGACUGGGCCAAAGCAAUCAAGUGUGUCCGUCAGAAAAAGAGAGAAGUGCGACUUUCAGAGUCAAGAUUUCUACGUGAAGAGUACCUGAAGAAGUAUAGCUGGGAGGAGCCUUGUAAGAAUCUUGUGAUAAUGAUGAAGAACCUUGUCUUUGGUAAAUUUACUUAAAUUUAAAUGUUACAGUUUUAACUUGUCUAAUAACUGAUAAACCAGGUACACUGAUAAAAAGUUGAAUCAGCCUUUAGUCAACUUAGACCUAUGAUAACCAUAAUUUUUUUAUAGACCAGUAUCAAACAAAUAGUUAAAAGUGGUAAAUACUCAGGAAAGGUAAACUUAAUUGUUAUGUGAUAAUUUUACCACAAGAUUAAGAACAGCAUUGCAGAGUUUUGAAAUAUGUACUGGGUAAAGUGCAUUUGCAUGGGAAAUACUUUCUGUAGUUAUUUUACUUAAGACCUAAAGCAGGUACUGUUGAAGGUUGAACAAGCAUGGUCAACUUGGUUGGUGUCUUUUUUUAGAUUGACUUAGAUUUAAAAAAAAUAUGAAGGAUAAAUAUAUCAGAGUCAGAGUUCCAUGCCAAGUUUUUUGUGUGAAUGAUGCUUAAUACAGGCAAAUCCUCUUGUAGGGUAAUUUAAAAGUAUCAACUGAGUUAAUAAGAGAAAAUGGCCUCUGUAAAGAGUUUUAAAGCUGACAAUUUGAGCAUUAGCCUCUUGCAGAAAUGGUUUUAUAAUCAAACCUAAGCUUUUUUAGACCACUGCCAUGAAAAGAUAAAUUUGAAUAUGAGAACAUGCCACAUGGGUUGUAGUCCUACUUGUGGCACAAGUUACUUCACAAGGUUUGGUAGCCUCUGAAGAAGAAGUAGUAUUAAUAUAAAUCUAUGAAAAAAUUCAGGCCCAACAUUAUGACCAGCUCCCAGUUGGCUUGUUAGCUUAGUUGGUAGAGCACUGCACUGGUAUCACAGAGGUCAUGGGUUCAAAUCCCAUAUGGGCCUGGAUUUUUUUCAGGUCUUAUUUCAACUACUAGUUCAGUAGUGUUCAUAGCUGCAAGGAUUGCUUAUAUCUGUAAUAUAAUUCUGUUGAGCAUUGGCUAGUACAAAUAUUUCAGUGAAAGUUGUGGUUUUGACCCUCAUACAGCUUCUUAAUAAACAAAUAUUAACACUGCACUUUGCCUUAUUGCACAUCUGCAGUGAUUGCCUAUGCCCUUUGCAGA